CCAGUGCUGCUGCCCGGGAGCUGUGGCGGCGACUGGGAAGGAGGAGGGAGAGGAGGGCCGAGCCGGCGGCCGGGAGGCCCGGUUUUGGAGCCGCGUCUUUGCCCGAGUUAGGUCUCGCCUAGCCCCAGUUCUUUCUCUGUACUUUUCGAGUAAGUUUUGGAGCAUCGGUUAACAGCCUAUGGGUGAAAUUGGCUUUCAUUCAUGAAUGAGAAGUAAUAUGAUCAUUGUUGAACUUUUUGGAGAAAUAGUGAAAACUAUAGAAAGGAAAGGAAGCCUAAUGAGAAUUAUUCUUGACAGAAGUAUUUUAAGAGAAAAAUCUAUAUCAUGGCCUCAGCAGUACUUAGUUCUGUUCCCACUACUGCCUCUCGUUUUGCACUGUUACAAGUGGAUAGUGGCAGUGGUUCUGAUUCUGAGCCUGGAAAAGGCAAAGGUCGGAAUACUGGAAAGUCUCAAACUUUGGGAAGCAAAUCAACUACAAAUGAGAAAAAGAGAGAGAAAAGAAGGAAAAAGAAAGAACAGCAACAGAAUGAAGCAAAUGAGCUCAGGAAUCUUGCUUUUAAGAAAAUUCCUCAGAAAUCCUCCCAUGCCAUUUGUAACACACAACAUGAGCUUUCACUGUCAAACCCAGUACAGAAGGAUUCACGUGAAGAAAAUUGGCAAGAAUGGAGACAAAGAGAUGAACAGCUGACAUCUGAAAUGUUUGAAGCAGAUCUUGAGAAGGCAUUGUUGCUAAGUAAAUUAGAAUAUGAAGAGCACAAAAAGGAGUAUGAAAAUGCUGAAAAUUCUUCAACUCAGUCAAAAGUUAUGAAUAAAAAGGAUAAAAGAAAGAACCAUCAGGGAAAAGACAAACCUCUCACAGUAUCACUAAAAGAUUUUCAAUCUGAAGAUCAUAUUAGUAAAAAGACUGAGGAAUUGAGUUCUUCUCAGACUUUAUCACAUGAUGGAGGAUUCUUCAAUAGACUGGAAGAUGAUGUUCAUAAAAUUCUUAUUAGAGAAAAAAGAAGAGAACAGCUUACAGAGUAUAAUGGAACAGAUAAUUGUACAGCUCAUGAACACAACCAGGAAGUGGUUCUGAAAGAUGGAAGAAUUGAAAGACUAAAGUUGGAACUUGAAAAGAAAGAUGCUGAAAUUCAGAAGCUGAAAAAUGUGAUCACUCAGUGGGAGGCAAAGUAUAAAGAAGUAAAGGCAAGAAAUGCACAGUUAUUGAAAAUGCUGCAGGAAGGUGAAAUGAAAGAUAAAGCAGAAAUUCUUCUGCAAGUUGAUGAAUCACAAAGUAUCAAGAAUGAGCUAACUAUACAGGUGACGUCACUUCAUGCAGCAUUAGAACAAGAAAGAUCUAAAGUGAAAGUAUUACAAGCAGAAUUAGCCAAAUACCAGGGUGGCAGAAAAGGGAAAAGAAACUCUGAAUCUGACCAGUGUAGGUGAUUAUAUUAUUAGCUUUUGAAGUCAACAUGAAAAUUAAAACUUUCAGGGUUUUUCAAAGAUGUAUAUAUUUAAUGCUGUGCAACUGCUAAACUAUGCAGUUUUGUUGAAGAAACUAAAAGUACUAGUUCACUAACAGUCUAUAAGACAUUUUAUGUUCUUUUGACUUAAAGUGGAAAGAAGAAAUAUAGAAUUCCAGCCAAACUCAGUGUUUAUCGUUUACUAUUCAUACUUCUUAUCACUUUAGUUUUUCAUCAGUCAAUAAAGUUAAUUUACUCUUCCACUAGUAUGUUUGAUUUUUAAAGUUUCAUAAACAAUGUAAAAACAUUGUUUUUGCUUAUAGCUCAACCAGUUAAUUGGAUUCUUUCAGCUUAGCAAAUAUUUAUUCAAGACAUACACAAUGAGUGAAAUAUGGUUGACAUCCUCAGUUAGGUUAUGUCUAGGGGAAAUAGAAAGUGAACAGGGGUAAAAUAAAAGCAAAAAAAUAAUUAUCAUGUGAGUAUGCUAUCAUAUUAUUUGGGAAUUGCGAAAACUUGCAUGAGAUAAUUUUUAGAGAGUAUUUUUUUUUUCUGUAAAUUUGAGAGGCAUUCCAAGCAAAAUUGAUCCCUUUCUGGGCUGAAAGAUUUAUUUAAAGAAUAAUCUGGCCUGAGGACAGUAACAUGAUAUACUGAGAACUGGAGGACUAUUGAUGUGUGGGGAGGAAGGAAUCAGAGAUUUUUCAUUGGUGUAACCAAUUACUAAAAGAGCUUUAUUUUAGUACAAUCAGUGAAAUACAAUUAUUAUUCAUUAAAAUAAAAUUUUUCUUUGUGUGAUAACAAAGAGAAUACAUAAAUAAUGGUCUUGACUCUUAAAACCAGCAUUAUAUGAAAGAUUCUACAUCUUAAUAAUCUUUGAAGAAAAAAAUACUUCAGCAGAAAGUUCAUGAAAUUGUCAUCAUUGCAUAUUUCUGUCUUCUUCCAUGAGGUUAUAUUAGCCUUGCAAAGAAUUGUGAUAUAUUAUUCUCUAUAGUCCAAUUGCUUAAUCUCUUAUGAGGCACAGAGUAGAUGCUAAGGAAAGAUUUAAUUAAUAAAAGAAGACCUUCAGGGCUGGGGCUAUAGCUCAGGGGCAGAGUGUUUGCCUGGUAUGCCUGAGGCACUGGGUUCAAUCUUUAGCACCACAAACAAUAAACAAAUAAAAUAAAGGCAUUUUGUCCAUCUAUAACUACCAAAAAAAAUUAAAUUAAAUUAAAAAAAUAAAAGAAGACAUUCAAGGGAAAAAGACAAAAAGGCAAAAAGAGUGGAACUGAUAAGGGAACAGAAAGAUAAGCAAAGACUGUGUUAAGGGAAUAGAAUGCCUUCUUCCCCACCCGCUACCUUCCUAAUCCAUGUGCUGAGGAUGAACCUAGUACCUUGUACAUGCUAGGGGAGUGAUCUACCACUGAGUUACAUCCCCAGCCCAGACUGGAGCAUGUAUUUAUAUAGGACAGUAAUGAGAAAACAGAAGAGGUAGGCUGGAAAUAGUUAUCAUCCAUCUUGAAUUCCAGAUUAAGAAAUUGGUAAUGGGCUGAGGUUGUGGCUCAGUGGCAGAACACCUGCCUAGCACGUGUUGAGGCACUGGGUUUAAUCCUCAGCACCACCUAAAAAAAUAAAUAAGUUAUAAAAAUAUAUUUAAAAAUAAUUUGGUAGGCACAUUAAAAAACCAUUAAAAUUUUACAGAGAAAGGAGUCAUGUAAUUAGUUUUCCUUUAAGAAGAUUGAAAUGGCAGUAAUGUAAUAGAAAACUAGAAGAAAGUCAUUUGGAAGAGGAUAUCAAGGAGGCAUUAUAAUAGUAGAAAUAGACAACUAGGAAAGGAAGGUUUUUUUUCCUGAAGUAGAAAAGUGACUAUAGGAUUCAGAAAAUGAAAUAAAUGUUUCUGUUGUCUUAAAUGUGUGAAGGUGAGAAAAGAAUGAGGGCAGGGGGGAAAAAAAGGUUCCAAGCCUAAAUGAAAGUGAUAGUGCUGUUAAUAGGUAAACCGAAAGAAGAAUGAAUGAGGAGAUGACAGAAUUGACUUUUGGGAGGUGGUACUGUGAGAGGCAUUUGGCCACUGAGCUUCAUCCCCAGACCUUUUUAUUUUUUGAGACAGGGUCUAUGUUGCUGAUCCUCCUGCCUCAGUGUCUCAACUUGCUGAGAUUAUAGGCAUGUGUUACUGCACCUCACUCAGAAUUGAGUUCGACAUUUUAAAUUUGAUUGGGUAAAUUUAUCCUGUGAAAAUAAUUUGAAAGAAAGAUCUAUAUAGGUAAAAAUAGUAACAUAAUAGAGAACCAUGGAAGUAACAUAAAUAUCCAACUCAAAUGAUUAAUUGAUUUAAUACUUCAGUGAGAAGAAUUACAUGGAACUUAAAUGUAUAACUAGGAUGACUGAAAACAGAGUAUACUGAACAAAGUUUAAAUAUAAAAACAAAAUACAGCUUGUACACACUGACUACAAUUAUAUGAAAAUGAUGUAUGCAUAUGGACAAACUGGAAAUGGUUAAUUCCAAAAUCAAACUGCAUGGAAUGGGAGCAUUAUGGCUUAGUUGUGGGGUUUUUUUCCUUAAAAUUUCAUCUAACAACAUUUUUUGCAAUAAAAGAAUAGGAAAACUUCUUUUGCUUAAAUUUGUGUUAAGUAAUUUGCUGUUGUGGAAGUAGGUUGUAUCAACUUGUUUUAUUAAGUGUUAAUAAGGGAUGUUUCCUGGACAAGGAUUUUUUGUUUUUGUUUGUUGUUGUUGUUGUUGUUGUUGUUUUAAAUCCAGAACCCUUCACUAUAAUAGAAUUGAACUAGGGAAGAUAGCAUUGUGAAUCAAAAUAACUAUAUAACUGCAAGAAAACUUGCAGUUUAAUCAACCAGCUUAAAGUCUCACUUGUUUUACUUUCUAUUGUUUAACUUUUAGAACUGUAGAAGUUUUACUACCAUUAACCAUGUCAUAUAGUUCUGAUGAUAUCUAUUUAAAAUUAACUUUUGAUAAUCAUAUUACAAACUAAGGUGUAAUUUUAUAGAUUUUAUCAUUAAAUGCAAUGUGCUUCGCAUUGUGAAUUUGUUAGAGAAAAGGUAAUUUUCUUCUUGAUACUUCAAUAUAUAGAGAAUGAAUAUGGAUUGUAUUGUCUUAUGUAGAAUUAGUUUUUAAAAUACAACUUUAAUUGUGAUAUAAUGACAUACAACUGCAUAUAAUAUAUUGGGAUGAGUGAACAUGCUUUGUGAUUUCAAACCUUCAAAGUUUGUUGGAAUUUGCUUUAUGGACCAAUUUGUAAUCAAUUAGUAAAUGUUUUGUGUAAGCUUGGAAAAUAUGUAUUCUGCAGUUUUGGAGUGCAGUAUUCUAUAUAUGUCCAAUUAUAUCAAGUUCCUUCAAGUCUAAUAUAUCUAUUGAUUUUCUGUCUUCUAUUUGAUCAACUAUUGAAGAGAGGUGUGUUAAAAUCUGACAAUGAUUGUGGAUUUGUCUACUUUUGUCUGUCUGCUUUGUAGGUGUGUAUAAAUUUAAAGCUGUUUUAUCCUGUGGUUAAAGAUAAAUUUUAUUUUUAUGAAUGA